AACAAAAUAUUUUAUACUAUAGGCCUACUAUACGGCUAUACGGCAUACGGAGUAGAUCUAGAGUUUUUUCAAAAGAUUUUAUUCAAAUCGUAUUUUGAUUUGAAAAUAUACCAUUAUACCAGCUGUAUAAUCUGUCAAUAAUCAAAAUGGAUGAAGAUGAUACAAUGGAUGAUAUUCGCAAAGAAAUGUCCAAUGUACCGCUUAAUGAACUGAAGGAAAUACAAGAAAAACUAGGACUCAAGGCGUUCAAUAAAAUCAAGCAUGGAAUGAUUACAAAAAGUGCUACAAAAUCUCAAAAAUUCAAAAGGGAAAAUAAGAACAGACCAACAGAACUGUCUGCAAGAAGACCUGUUCCAAAAACCAGUUUUGCUGGAAAAAAUAAGCUUGCAAGAGAUCCUCGUUUUGAUGAUUUGUCUGGUGAAUUCAAUGAAAAGAUUUUUAAACAAACAUAUGGUUUUCUAAAUGAUGUGAAAACUAAAGAAAAGUUGAAACUUAAAAAAAUGAUCACCAAAACUACAGAUAAAAAUAAAAAGUCUGAGUUGAAACAGCUAGUCAACAGAAUGGAGCAAAAAGAAUUAGCUGAAGCUAGGAAAUCUCAGCAAGAACUUUUGGAAAAAGAAUGGACAAAGAAAGAGAGAGAGAGAAUAAAGGAAGGAAAGAAACCUUUCUUCUUAAAGAAAUCUGCUAAGAAAGCUUUAUGGGAAGCUGAAUUUAAAAAGGAGUUGGAGGAAAAGGGAAAAAUGCAGAAGUACUUGACACGAAAGAGCAAGAAGUUAGUUUCAAAGGAACGUAAAACAAAUACCUGGACCACCAAAGAUGUUUAAAAAUAUGUUCAUUGUUAAUUUUUGUAAAUAUGAUCUUGUGUAAAAUAAAUUCACAAUUAUCUUAA